AUGGACGCAAUCCUCCUGCGUAACCUUGUCGAGAUCGAAUCCCAGCCCUCUCCGGGCGAACCAUCCAGACCACCUACAGCACCUCAAAAGGCCUACCAGAGAACAUAUUCUUACCAAGGCCAGGAAGAACCCUCCAACGCUAGAAGGCCAUCGCUGCCCCGAGAUGACAGCUAUGUUUCUGGCGGUGUAGCCACUCCUGGGACAGAAGAUGUACUACUGGAUCCGGAUCUCGAGAGAAGCCGCCCGGCCAGUCCUGCGCUCGAGGUUGACGCCGUGGAAGUGGUGCCCAGCGUAUGGGAUCCGUACAUGAACCGGUUCCGACUGCUGGCUGUUUGCCUGUCGAAUUUCAGCAAUGCCUUGAGUGACAGCGCUGCUGGUGCUUUGAUUCCUUACAUGGAGAAACACUAUGACAUUGGCUACGCCGUCGUCUCCCUCAUCUUCGUCGGCCAGGCCCUCGGCUUCGUCUUCGCCGCCUUCGUCCUCGACUCGCUGCGCGCCAAGCUCGGCCGCGCAAAGCUCAUCGGCCUCGGCCAGCUGGGCAUGGCCUGCGCCUACAUCCCGCUCGUGGCCGCGGCGCCCUUUGGCGUCGUCAUCGCAGCCUUCUUCUUCGUCGGCUUCGGCAUCGCGGUCAACGUGGCCAUGGGCAACAUCUUCUGCGGCAGCCUGCAGAACAGCACGUUCCUGCUGGGGAUGCUGCACGGCAGCUACGGCAUCGGGGGCACGGCGGGCCCGCUGAUUGCCACGGCGCUGGUGACGGUUGCGCACACGGCGUGGAGCAACUACUACACGCUGACGCUGGGCAUGUGCGUCGUGACCAUGGCGCUGGCGGCGUGGGCGUUCUGGCGCUUCGAGCGCGAGCAGAGCCCUGCGGUGAGGGAGCGCGAGGCCAUGCCCGACAACUCCGCCUUCCUGGGCAUGUUUGCCGCCGUCAAGCUGCGCAUCGUGCUGCUCGGGUCGACCUUCAUCUUCACCUACCAGGGCGCCGAGGUGUCCAUCUCCGGCUGGGUCAUUUCCUUCCUCAUCAACUCCCGCGGCGGCGCCCCGUCGUCGGUGGGCUACGUCUCGGCCGGCUUCUGGGCGGGCAUCACGCUGGGCCGCUUCUUCCUGACGGCGCCGGCGCAGCGCAUCGGCGAAAAGGCGUUUGUGUACGGCCUCGUCGUCGGCGCCAUUGCCUUCCAGCUGCUGGUGUGGUUCGUGCCCAACGUCGUGGGCGAUGCCGUGGCCGUGUCCAUUGUCGGGCUGCUGCUGGGGCCCAUCUACCCGUGCGCGGUCGCCGUGUUCAUGAGAGGCCUGUCUCACCGCGACACGCUCAGCGGCAUGGGGGCCAUUACGGCGUUUGGCAGCUUGGGCGGCGCGGUGUGGCCGUUUGUGACGGGUUUGCUGGCGCAGGCGGUGGGCACGUGGGUGCUGCAUCCGAUUGUCAUUGGGCUGUUUGUGGUGAUGCUGCUGUGCUGGUAUGGCAUUCCGACGGAUUCGAAGAAGAAGCAGUGA